CCUGCUCCUUGUGCUGGGUCAGAUCCUUCCCCGGGAUGGUGUAGAUUGGCUGGCGGACUCUGCUGGAGACUUCAGUGAAAAAGCAGCCGAAGACAAACCUCGCUGGGUCCUACGACCGUCUAAGGAGCUGAAUUGGGCACUCCUCAGGACAUGUGUGGAUUGUGAGCUAUUGCAGCACUCUGUUCUUAGGACCCAUUCCUUGAACAUGUGGGAGAAACACAUCCAAAAGAUGCACAGUUAACUGAAGGAGGACAGGAGAAUCCAAAGACUCCGGGUGACAUCAGAGCUCCUUUUCAACAGCCUUCUCAGUUUCCUUUCUCAGAAAGCAGAGGCUCAAACCUUGGAGACAGACGAAUACGGACAUGUGCAGUUGAUGAGCAGCAAAGCAGUCCAUCCACUGUGUCCCCUUGCCACUAAAUACUGAAGUAUUAAGGGAGAGAUUCUGCUGCUGCUUCUCACUUGGUGACCAGCUCUGUGGUCUGCAUUGAAGUUUGCCUGCCUUUUCUCUUGUCAUUGCCAGAAGAAAAAUCCUGGUCAGAAUGUCACAGUGCAUCCCUCUCUGAUUGCUAUGGAUGGUGAUAAACUGACACUUCUUAAAGUUGCAUAUCACCCACCAACAGAAAACCAUUCUUUAAAGUGAAUAGAAACCCAGCCCCUGUGAACACUUCUAUUGAACAUGACUCAUGGAGAAGAGCUUGGCUCUGAUGUGCAUCAGGAUUCUAUUGUUUUAACUUACCUAGAAGGAUUACUAAUGCAUCAGGCAGCUGGGGGAUCAGGUACUGCCGUUGACAAAAAGUCUGCUGGCCACAAUGAAGAAGACCAGAACUUUAACAUUUCUGGCAGUGCAUUUCCCACCUGUCAAAGUAAUGGUCCAGUUCUCAAUACACAUUCGUACCAGGGAUCUGGCAUGCUGCAUCUCAAAAAAGCCAGACUGUUGCAGUCUUCUGAGGACUGGAAUGCAGCAAAGCGGAAGAGGCUGUCCGAUUCCAUCGUGAAUCUAAACGUAAAGAAGGAAGCUUUGCUAGCUGGCAUGGUUGACAGUGUGCCUAAAGGCAAGCAGGAUAGCACAUUACUGGCCUCUUUGCUUCAGUCAUUCAGCUCUAGGCUGCAGACUGUUGCUCUGUCACAGCAAAUUAGGCAGAGCCUGAAGGAGCAAGGAUAUGCCCUCAGUCAUGAUUCUUUAAAAGUAGAGAAGGAUUUAAGGUGCUAUGGUGUGGCCUCAAGUCACUUAAAAACUUUGUUGAAGAAAAGUAAAGCUAAAGAUCAGAAGUCUGAUCCCAAUCUUCCUGAUGUAACUAAAAACCUCAUCAGAGAGAGGUUUGUAGAGUCCCCUCACCAUGUUGGACAAAGUGGAACAAAGGUCAUGAGCGAACCUUUGUCGUGUGCUGCAAGAUUGCAGGCCGUUGCAAGCAUGGUAGAAAAAAGGGCUAGCCCUGCCACCUCCCCCAAACCCAGUGUUGCCUGUAGCCAGUUGGCAUUACUCCUUUCCAGCGAAGCCCAUCUGCAGCAGUAUUCUCGGGAACAUGCUUUAAAAACACAGAAUGCAAAUCAAGCAGCAAGUGAAAGACUUGCUGCCAUGGCCAGACUGCAGGAAAAUGGCCAGAAAGAUGCAGGCAAUUUCCAGCUCUCAAAAGGAAUGUCCAGCCAUCUCAAUGGACAGGCCAGAACAUCAUCAUCCAGCAAACUGGUGGCUAGCAGGAGUAAUGCUUCCACAUUUCAGAACCCAAUGGCUGUUGUCCCUUCUUCCCCUAAGAAUUCGGGCUACAAAAACUCACUGGAAAGAAACAGUAUAAAGCAAGCUGCUAAUAACAGUUUGCUUUUACAUCUCCUCAAAAGCCAAACCAUCCCCAAGACAAUGAAUGGACACAGCCAGAAUGAGAGAGGAAGUAGUUUUGAGGACAGUAGUACACCUACCACUGUUGAUGAGUAUUCGGAUAACAACCCCAGCUUUACAGAUGACAGCAGUGGUGACGAAAGCUCCUAUUCCAACUGUGUUCCCAUAGACUUGUCUUGCAAACAUCGGAUCGAAAAACCUGAAGCUGACCAGCCAGUUUCUCUCGAUAACCUAACUCAGUCCUUGUUAAACACGUGGGAUCCCAAAGUCCCAGAUCUGGACAUCAAAGAAGAUCAAGAUACCUCACAGAAUUCUAAGCUGAAUUCACAUCAGAAAGUAACUCUUCUUCAGUUGCUACUUGGCCAUAAGAAUGAAGAAAGUGUAGAAAAGAAUGCCAGCCCUCAGGAAGUCCACAGUGAUGUUAAAAAGUUCAGUCCGCAGAAUUACACAAGGACUUCUGUAAUUGAAAGCCCCAGUACCAACAGGACUACCCCGGUGAGCACUCCUCCACUGCAUGCAUCAACCAAAGCAGAGUCCCCCAUCAAUCUUUCUCAACACUCUCUGGUAAUCAAGUGGAAUUCCCCACCAUAUGCCUGUAGUACUCCAGCCGCAACGCUAACAAAUGUCGGGUCUAACCACUUGAUGGACUUCACAAAAAGCAAAGAAUCACAAACAGAGAAAGCGGCCCCAAAUGAAGGAACACAGAAUUCUGCAACAUUCAGUGCCAGUAAACUGUUACAGAAUUUGGCGCAGUGUGGAAUGCAGUCUUCCGUGCCAGUAGAGGAGCAAAGACCCAGCAAACAGCUGCUGAGUGGAAACACAGAUAAACCCCUUGGUAUGAUUGAUAGAUUAAAUAGCCCUCUGCUCUCAAGUAAAACACAAGCAGUUGAAGAAAACAAAACAUUCAGCACUCAGCCGGCAGGACCGGAACCAGGACUUCCUGGUUCUGAAAUAGAAAAUCUGCUGGAGAGACAUACUGUCCUCCAAUUGCUCCUGGGAAAUUCCAACAAAGGGAAGAGUGAAAAGAAAGAGAAGAUCCCUUUGAGAGAUGAAAGCACUCAAGAACAUUCAGAGAGAGCUUUAAGUGAGCAGAUACUGAUGGUGAAAAUAAAAUCUGAGCCGUGUGAUGACUUCCAAAUUCCUAACACAAACGUGCAUUUGAGCCAUGAUGCUAAGGGUGCCCCAUUCUUAGGGAUGGCUCCCACCAUGCAGAAGAGCACAACUGCCUUACCAGUGUCUGAGGACUUUAAAUCAGAGCCCCCUUCACCUCAGGAUUUUUCCUUCUCAAAGAAUGGUCUGUUAAGUCGAUUACUGAGACAGAAUCAAGAGAGUUACCCAGCAGAUGAUCCAGACAAGAGUCACAGAAAUAGUGAGCUGACUCCCCUGGAAUCAAAAAACCUUUGCAUGGUCCCUAAGAAAAGGAAGCUUUAUACUGAGCCGCUGGAAAAUCCAUUUAAGGAAAUGAAAAAUAGCUCUGUCGAUGCUGCAAAUAAUCACAGUGCCCCGGAAGUGCUCUAUGGGUCCUUGCUUAAUCAGGAAGAGCUGAAAUUUAGCCGAGGUGAUCUUGACUAUAAGUAUCCCACUGGUCAUAGUUCUACCAGUGAUAGUGAACAUAGGAGUUGGGCCAGGGAAAACAAAAGCUUCAAUGUUCUGAAACAGCUGCUUCUCUCAGAAAACUGUGUGCGAGAUUUGUCCCCACAGAGGAGUAACUCUGUCAUCGACAGCAAAAAGAAAGGACACAAAAACAAUGUGACCAAUAGCAAAUCUGAAUUUAGCAUUUCCUCUUUAAAUGGGCUGAUGUACAGUUCCCCUCAGCCCAGCAGCUGUGUGGAUAAUAGGACAUUUUCAUACCCUGGAGUGGUAAAGACUCCUCUGAGCCCUCCUUUCCAGGAGCACUUGGGCUGUGUGGGGUCCAGACCGGAACCUGGACUUUUGAAUGGGUGUUCCAUGCCUAUGCCCAGUGAGAAGGGACCCGUUAAGUGGGUCAUCACAGAUGUGGACAAGAAUGAGUAUGAAAAAGAUUCUCCAAGACUGACCAAAACUAACCCAAUCCUCUAUUAUAUGCUCCAGAAAGGAGGCAAUUCUGUUACCACUCGAGAAACACAGGACAACGAAAUCUGGAGGGAGAAAGCUGGUGAGAAUACAAGAAGCAGGCCCAAGGAAGAGAACAAGGAAGUAGAAGAGAAGGAAUGGCCCAAAGAAAAGGAAGGAUCAGGAGAAACAGACGGCAAAGAGCUGGGGCACCUGCCUCAGUUGGACAGGAACUCGCUCAGGACGUGUGAUACUGACAAGGCCAGCGAGUACUUUGUGAAUCUGCGGCAGCCACAUGCUAAUACCAAGGCUUAG